CAAAAAUACGCUCAUUCUCAUGUAAAGUGGUCGGAAAAAAGAUCUACCUGAAAGCACGAAGCCGUCAAGCAGAGAGCCAUGCCUUCAGUUCCCUCUUCCAAAGAAAUUGGUGUGUCCGUCUGCCCCUUUGCUGGGAAGAAGAAUGCUAACGGCGUUAACGAGGACAAGAAUAAACUGACCAUUGGGGGCGACGUGGAUGGACCCAUCCAAAUGAAUAGGGAGAAGGGCUCCAGUGAUAGGGUGUGGAUCCGUCCAGAUUUACCCAGCAGAUGCACAUGGAAGCUGGGGGAAUCGCAUGCUAACUCCCCCCAUACUCAUCCCGCCAGGUCAAAGGCUCCAAGCAUUUUAUCCAACAUCCUCACAAGGAUCGGUGACACACCAAUGGUUCGUAUCAACAAGAUCACGAAGACGUUUGGACUGAAAUGUGAACUCUUGGCUAAGUGUGAGUACUUUAACGCUGGAGGCAGUGUGAAGGACAGAAUAAGUCUGCGGAUGAUAGAGGAUGCAGAGAGAGCUGGCCUUCUCAAACCAGGAGACACCAUCAUAGAACCAACCUCGGGAAACACAGGUAUUGGCCUGGCCCUGGCCGCUGCUGUGAAGGGUUAUCGCUGUAUCAUCGUCAUGCCUGAGAAAAUGAGCCUGGAGAAGGUGGAUGUUUUGAGAGCUCUGGGAGCGGAGAUUGUCCGAACGCCUACCAGCGCUCGAUUUGAUUCGCCGGAGUCUCACGUGGGUGUGGCCUGGAGACUGAAGAACGAGAUACCUAACUCUCACAUCCUGGACCAGUACCGCAAUCCCAGCAACCCUCUGGCUCACUACGACACCACCGCGGAGGAGAUCCUGGAGCAGUGUGACGGUAAAGUGGACAUGCUGGUGGUCGGGGCUGGCACAGGCGGCACCAUCACUGGCAUCGCGCGAAAGCUCAAAGAGCGGUGCCCCGACGUUAAGAUCAUCGGUGUGGAUCCAGAAGGUUCCAUCUUGGCGGAGCCGGAGGUGCUGAAUAAGACGGACAAAACCCAGUACGAGGUGGAGGGCAUCGGGUACGACUUCGUCCCAACUGUGCUGGACAGAUCCGUGGUGGAUUCGUGGUAUAAAAUGGGAGAUGAAGAAUCCUUUUCCAUGGCUCGCAUGCUAAUCAGAGAUGAGGGACUGCUGUGUGGUGGCAGUUCGGGCACCGCCAUGGCCGCUGCCGUGAGGGCCGCUAAGGAGCUUAAGGAGGGACAGCGCUGCGUGGUCGUCCUGCCCGACUCCAUCCGCAACUACAUGUCUAAGUUCCUGAGUGACAAAUGGAUGUUCCAGAAAGGCUUCUUAAGAGAACAGGACAUUAUGGUGAACAAGCCCUGGUGGUGGAACCUUAAGCUACAGAGUCUGAACCUGUCUGCCCCUCUUACUGUUCUGCCCACAGUCAACUGUCAGAGAACCAUCACCAUCCUAAAGGAGAAGGGCUUUGACCAGGCACCCGUGGUGGAUGAGUCAGGACUGAUCCUGGGCAUGGUGACCCUGGGGAACAUGCUUGCCUCUGUGCUGGCAGGCAAAGUCAAACCUUCAGACCCAGUCAGCAAAGUGCUCUACAAACAGUUCAGACAGAUCCGGCUGACCGACAACCUGGGAAAGCUCUCUCGUAUCCUGGAGACGGAUCACUUCGCCCUGGUGGUGCACGAACAGAUCCAGUAUCUGGCAGACGGUUCUCCCAGUCUAAAGCAGAUGGUGUUUGGGGUGGUGACGGCGAUCGACCUCCUUAAUUUUGUUACGGCCCGUGAGAAGAGGGAGCGUUCUCUGUCUGAAUCCACAGAAGAGAUGUGACUGCAUCCACAGCAAACAUAACCUUUAACCCCCAUCACCAAGCCAAGCGUCCAAUCACGGGACUGCCCUUCAGCUCUGUGGAACUUUACUAACCUAAAAUAGUAGUUUUAUUACAUUUUUAAUUUUACAGAUUGGUAUUAUUUCCUCUCGUUAUUUCUGAUAUUUUCUCUUCUGAUUCUAUGACAAAUAUCUCUAUGUUGUUGCAAAAGCGUAAUUAUUAUAGCGAUACUCUUCCAAACAUUUUUUGUGCUGCCUUGAAGCCAAAAGUUCAGAACCUAUAGCUAAUUUGCGAAGGAAAGUCACUAGCACCAAAUAGUUUGUAAAUUAUUCUAGACUAUGAUGCUCAUACUGAGGGAAUAGUGAGAUUUUUGUUUAUAUAAAAUAUUCUGAUAAAGCUCUCUUUUUACCUUUGUAAAAAACAUUUCUUUCCUUCUUUCUUUCUUUGAGGAAUUAAAGUGUAGAAACCAUGAACUCUGUGAAUAUUAUCAGAUGGUUUUGUAAGGUUAGGUAAAUAAUACUGCGUCUCAGACUCGUGUUUUUUUUUUCCUUAAACAGAAACUGAAAAUCUUUAAACUCAGAUUCAUGUGUUGCAUAUAAAAAUGUUUGUUUAUAAUAACGAAUAAUAAACGCAGUUUGAUUCAGAAG